CAUGAAUGUUGAUAAGUGCCGAUAUUUUUGGUUAAUUUUUAUGUUUUCUACUAUAACGUGUCAAUACUUUUCCAUUCGAAAGAAAAACUUUUUUACUUUAAACUAUUCAAUGUAGUUAAUUUUGCAAAAUAAAAAGUGACACAAAGUCAAUCGUGAAUAAGAUAUAAAUAAAUUGAGAGUAUGAACUACCUACUGUUCUAGCCUGCAAAAGCUCUAGCCUUCAAAUUUUACAAAAUCUAGAAUAAUGAGUGAGUCAUUGACAACUUUGGUAGAUCUGCUGGAAAGGUUUUUCAGUCAUACUACCAGUAAUCAGCAAAAGCAAGACAUUGAAGCCUCUCUUGCUUCAUUCAGUGCGCAAGAUGGUGCCUGGAAAAAUUGCUUGGAGUUCAUGAAUGUUUCAUCCAACAACUAUGUUCUGAUGUUCUGUUUGGGAACGCUUGAGAUGAUAAUCACUAGAAAAUGGCUAGUACUGAUGGUUGAAGAAAAGUCGCAGAUGACUUCAUUCCUGUACCAAUACAGUCUUGAGCGUUUCCAUCAGAUACCACCUUUCAUACGUAACAAAUUGCUCAAAUUAGUCGCUGAUAUCGCAAGAUACGACUGGCCGCAUUUCUAUCCCAAUUAUAUGACCAAUAUUAUCGCGCUGAUUCAGAGUAAUGAUCUUAAGACUGCAAACAUAGGCCUAUCGUAUCUGUUAACUACAUCUGAAGAACUCAUUUGUCCUCGAGAAGAUAUAAGCAACUCAAGGAAGGAAGAACUCAAAAACUUAUUUAUGGCACAUUUGCCGCAGAUAUCUUCAUCAUUGAUUGGUCUUUUCAAUAGAGUCCGUAAUGUAUCUGAUGCUAAAGAUGUUGUUCUAUCUGCUUUAAAAGCUAUUUGCCAUAUCUUUUCAUGGCUGCCACUUCAGAGUAGCUUUCCGCGAGAGCUGUUGAUGCAUGUUUGCGAGUUCAGUACCAAUACCGAUGUUGGUGAUACAGCUCUGGCUACUAUCAAUGAGCUUUUAUACAAAAAUUGUGUUCCUGAGUCAUUCCUACCCUAUUUAGGAAAUAUAGCGUGCCAUUUGAAUAGUUUAUUUAUUGUACUGACUAAAGCCGAAGCUGAUAUUUGUAAAAACAAAGAUUACACAUCAUGUGUGUAUGAAAUGGUUCGAUUACUGAUCACAAACCAUUGGCAUAGGCUUGAAGCUAAUGACAAUUUCCCACUGUUUGAGUUCCUCGGCAACCUAUUUCAACUGACUCACCAAAGGAAUUUACUCCGUAGUCUAAGAGAAUCUUGGAUUGGUUUGAUUGAUUAUCUACAUGAUAAGAAUCCUGAGCAUAUUGCUAGGUACGAAGACGUACUCCUGCUCCUUGCGCAAGCGACAUUUGAACGAGAGUUUGAAGAGCAAAGAAUGUCAUUUUUCUCUUCUUCUGGUGAUGUUCUAGGAUAUGAUGAUGAAGAUUCCUAUGAAGAUCUGUCGUUAGAGGAAAAUGAUUGGGGUGAAGAAUGCAAUUCAAUAUGCCAUGAAGAUAAGAUCAGAUUGGACAACUUCAAUCUUAUUGCAAAAAUUGCUGAUUUGAUACCAUCAAAAAUCGCCAAAAUAAUUUUGGAAGCUUGGCAACCUGCCGGCCUCUCCCAUGCACAACUGAUGAGACCAUUCAACGAUACCAUUCCUCAGGAUAUUCCAAAAGACAUGCUUAGAGCUUUAAUUCAUGUUGUGACUUCAACGGGAGCUUUGGGGCUGAUGUACUUCCAUUUUGAACCAGAACAACGAUCGGUGAUAAUCGAGUCGCUCGUGUCUCUUGCAGAGUUGGUGACAAAAACUAUCCUUAGUAUCGACAGAAAUCCAAUUGUGUCGCCGAUACUUGAUCACUUACACUACCAGAUCAUGUUGACACUGAAAUCGUGGCUGCGUUUGAAUCGAGGUGACGAAGGCGUGGAUCGGUGCCUGUCGGUGUGCACUGAGCUGCUGACGACGCAGCUGCAGCCGACGCAGACGUGGAUGCAGAAAGACGCAGCCGUCCUGCUGUUGGGAGUCACCUUCCUGCCCAGGUCCCGCGCCAUCCUCACACUCAUGGAGCCACUCUUCUCUCAGUCGCUCGCCUGUCUUCCGAGAUCUAUUUGGACGUUGAAACAGCUCUCACUCAUGAGGUGCUUAUUGUUCUGGAAUUGGGAAGCUAAGGAAAGCGAUACACGACUAGAGUUACUGAGCCAAGUCAUAAAGCAGACCGUGCCUGACGGAAUAGACAGUCUGAAAGACCUCAUUUGGAUAUUGAGGCGAUGUCGACCAGUCAACAGAGAGUCCAAAGAACUUCUCUGUACUGCGGUUCUGCCUGUUCUGGAGAAAAGCAUCCAAGAUUUUCCUUCCAUGAUUAACAACGAACCCGAAAAAAUAAUUAUGAUUUUGAAACUGUACAUGGAAGCUUUCAAAUCGUUCCAAGAGUUCCUGGGCAGUCAGUUCUUCUUUCAAUCAGUGUCAAUAUUCAACACAGCAUUCCAAAGUAUUAACUUGAAUGAGAACUCGAAUGGCUUUGAGGAACUUCUAAAGCUGUUGACUAUUAUUGUGGAGCAGCCAUCGAAUUCUUACAAGCUGUUUGUGCCCAGCUGUUUGGAACUGUGCCUUGAUCACAUCUACCCCCACAUUGCCCAUGUUUCUAGUCCACACAUCAAGCCAGCACUCUUCAAUCUUUUCAAAAGUAUCCUGAUGCACAGAUGGAACUAUUUCUACUCAGGGAGUUUGAUGGGCUCUGAAUCUGUGUUGGAACAAGAAGAACGAUUCAGGCAAAUCAUGAUGGCUUUUGGCCACUCUCUCACUCAGACUGAUAUAACCGUUUUCAAGCAAAACCUGCAAACGCUUGAAAUGCUCAAUCAAAAAUGGAAAUUGUAUCAUAAGGAUUUCUUCAAGUCGGAGUUGACAGGAAACUUUCUGGCUGUUCUGUUGAAUAGUCUUGUAGAAAAGUCACAUGCACUCUUGAGUGAAGAAAUAGCAACUGCCGUUUACAAUAUGGCAGCAGUAGAUUUCCCGACGUUCUUCAAUGUUUUCAUUCCACACUUUUUGUCCGAGACUGCUGGCAUCGACUCUCACCAAAGGGACUCGCUGUACAGGAAUACGAAGCAAGAUACUGACUUACCAUCCUUCAGUCAGAACAUACAGAGAUUGGUGAAUGACGUUCGAUGCUAUCGAGUAUGCAAUGGAAACUCAUCGUCGGUUGGAGUUGCGUGAGCCACUGCUAAUGUCUGAAUAUCAUCUGUGAUAAUAACUAUUUUAAGACUUUAAAACAUAAUUGUAAAUUGUUAAUACUUGUACAACACUGCCUUUAAUGAGUUGAAUUGAAAACAUUUUUUCCCUACACUUACCUUGAAAAGUGACCAUUCCUGCACAGAUUACAGGCCGCAAAGAAUCACUUUUCGCAAAUUACUUUUUUGCGUACUCCAGAUUUGCAACAUGGCAAAAUAGUUGAUAGAUUAUAUGGAGGAUCAGUGCGCGAAAACCGAAAUUAAGGUGGCAAAACUGUCUGUGGUAGUCAUUUCAAUGCUUACAUAAGAUUAAAACCUCCAUCAAGCAUUCUAUCUUCAAAGAGUGGCUCAGUUGGAAGCUUACUGGACUGGUAGAUGAAAGGUUGAUAAGGUUGAUGUGAUUGGGGGUUCGAUUCCAUCCACAGUCUUUUUUUAUUGCAAAUUUUCAACCUCAAUGAAGUUUAUCCAUGUAAUUUUGACAAAAUAAAUAUUUAAAACUAAUCAAUAGAUGGUUUAUAUUGAAAAUAAAAAAAAAUCAAUUAGAUUGAUUAUUAAUGAAUUGAUUAUGAUGAUCAAUAUUAAUGAAUACCUUAAUUUUAUUCAAAAUAUUGUAAUUUAUAAAUAAAUUCCAUUUUAAAUCAUAAAUAUUAUUUAUCAUUCAUUAUUUCAAUGAAUUAUUUUUUUAAUUAAGUUAAUUGGCUGAUAAAAUAUUUAGAAAUCGAAAUUAAUUUAAAAUUAUUUGAAUUAUCAAAUUAAUUGGAUUAUUAUUAUUAAAAAUAAAUCAUUGAUUAUGAAAUUUGAAGUCAAUUAAAUUUGUUAUUAAUAAUAAAUUUACACUGAAAAAAUUAUACCUCACCAAUCACCCCAACCAUUACUCCAUUUUGAUAACCAUUUCUACCCCCAUUUACUCACUUUUCACAUUCAAUGGUAACUGUAGGAGAAAUGUAAUGUGUAAUUCGUGCGCAAAGCUACUUUGCUGCACUCAAGAAACCAUUCUUCAUUUUUUAACGACUCAUUUGGUGCAGCAAAGUGUCACUUUGCGCACUAGUUGCACAAAUAACUAUUUCUAUUCACUUUUGAUACAGAGUUUCUUAUUACUGUAUUAGUUUGCUUUUUAGAAGAUGUAGUUAUGGAUGUCUGGCAUAUUUUAUUUUCAUCACACAUAUAGCAUUCUACAUUUUUCCGUCAUUUGAUAGGUAUAUUCAUCUAUUAUAUUCGACAACGAUAGAGUCAUUAAAACUAUCAUUACUAACAACUAUUUCUAUUACUAGUAGGAAAAACAUUUCGAUAUUUGCUCCAUAAGUUUUCCAAAUUGAUACAAAAUAUUCGAAUCACUCUGAACUCUCUUUCGGUUGAUCUUGAGUGUUCAAAUAAUUUCUAAAAAUAGUUACUCGGCUCACACUUGAAUUAAGUCUUUUAACCAACAUAUUACUUUUGCAGCGUGCCGUACAUGCUCCCUCCUUUUAUUAUAAGAAUUCAAUACAAUCAAGUUUCAAUGAUAACUGCCAAUCAGUAGUAAGUUCUUAGCUGAAUUUCAGUAAUAAAUAAUCAUUGAGAGCUCUCCUCCAUCACGGUUUGAUGUCCGAAUAUUUCACAGAUAGUAUUUUAUGUUGAACUCCCUUUGUUUUUAGUUAUUAGUCAAUUCAUACUCUAUACUUGAAAUAUAAUUUUAGUAGCCCUGAAUUCAUACAUUUCAAUUUAUACUAUUUGGUAUUAAUUUUCUUCAACAAGAAUAUUGAUUUAAGUAUCUAUUCAGAUAACUGCCUCUGCCAUUUGAUUUUCAGUAUUCAACCCUAUGAUUUCUAUCAAAGAAAUUAUUAGUAUUCCGUAAUCAAUCCACAUGUUUUCAUAUCACCGAUUACAGUUCAAUCCGAGGUACGGUAGAUAGAUAGGUGUUUAAUCACAUGAAAUUCAUUCAUUCACAAUAUCAAUACCUAAAGCCGGUUACAGAGCUCGACCGACCGUCAGUGCGUACGUCAGUCGCGCUUGUUUUUUCCAUAGAGAUCCCAUGUAUCCGUACAGAGCAGGACUGACGGCACGCACGCGCACGGUCAGGACCUUGCGUUUUAUACAGCGUACGAAUACCAUCGGUCGAGCUCGUGCGCAUCCGUUCCAUCGGUCGACUGACGCGCUAUUGAAACAAAUAGAAUCUUUCAGAGCUGUAUUGAUCAUUAGCCCGAUCGCAACAUAACCAAUGUGCUGACACCUCUGCCCGACAAUCAGCUGAUAUUGAAUUGAAUAGCAUAAUGAAUGAAUUCAAUUAAUAGUGUCAUACUUGAAUUCAGAGUUUUUCUAUACAUUUAUUCAAUCAUUUCUAAAUUUUUUAUUGAAAAAAUCAUAUAUUAUUAAUAUUAUCUACAUUUAUUUGAUCCGUAGCUUAAUGUGUCUGCAAGUAUUCCCAAUGGUGAUACAAGCUCGAAAUAACUCAUCAAAAUUUCUGAUGGAGAUUCUGGGGUAGUUGAAAAAUGUAUCUUCACCCAAGCAAUGAUUUAUAUAAUAGUACUAAAUUCCCUUUGAAAUGCUCUUUGGGGGACAUCGGGUGAACUUGAUAUCUACGUCGUUUAAUCUUCCGUUUACGAAGAUAAUAAACUGCAAUUAAACAAUCUGCAAAGGUGUCCAUUUUGUGAGUUAGAAAAACUUAUGUAUGGUCAGGAUGGUGCAUACGUACUGACGGUCGGUCGAGCUCUGAAUGUGUAAAACUGAUUCAUCGAUGCGUACGGUCAGGAUGGUACAUACGCACUGACGGUCGGCCGAGCUCUGUAACCGGCCAUAUAUUAUUCCCCUUGAUAGGUAACCUAAAUCCAUAAACAAUUCAUAGUAGUUGGAUUUAUUCUCAGAAACUCACUCAUACACUCAUACCUAGUACUUAUUAAUUUGUAAGAAGUCCAUUUUUUCUAUUCAUUGAAUAUGAUCCUAUACUCUUAUACAAUAGUUAUUCAUAGUGCUAAGGCUUUUCAGUAUAGAUUCCAUCAUUAUCUUAUUCUCUAACUAUUUUACUCAACUGAUUUAAAAAAAAAAAUAUUUUUACCUGUAUGCAUUAUUUACCAAUAUAUUCUAUCUUGCAUCGAUCAUUGAUAUAUUGAUACCAACUUAACAUAAGUUAUUAUUCCAUUCAAUGUUUAUUUUUAUACUUUUUUCAUUUAGAUUAUCCUUAUUACGAAUUUGGUUCAAUCAAGUCAUUUUUUAGUGAUAGCCUAAUAAAUAUUGUUGUAUGAACUGUAAUUUUGAAAUCAAUAUAAUCUGUUAUUUCUU